AUGCUCAUCCCCAAAAGAAUGCUCUCGUCCAUCGACUAUUCUCGCGUCCCAGCUGCUGAUCCACCUGCAGGUGCUCUCGGGAACUUUGUCGAUCCACCAACCAUGGCCUGUUCUGUUUUAGAGGUCAGCUUAUCGUUGAGUGUUGUCUCGACGGUAUUUGUGGUUGCAAGGAUAUACACCAGAGGGAGAAUUGUCAAGUCCUUGCAGUGGGAUGAUUUGUUCCUCGGGACCGGACUGUUACUCUCUUGGGUAUUUUGUGCCUUGGGAAUCCUCGAAAUCCAAUACGGCUACGGCGUCGAUAUCUGGAAUGUAUACACUACGAACGCCAUCAGUUUCCUCAAACUGGACCUCGCAUCCCAAGCCAUAUACCACUUCGCUCUCCUGUUCACCAAAGUUUCCAUUCUACUCACACUCUUACAUUCCUGUAACAAUCCGAUUACAUCUUCAGCUUUCCAAAUAUCUGUUUUCUGUCUCAUGGCUUUCGUUACAUUAUACAGUCUGAUCUCAAUUUUCAUUGCCAUCUUCGGUUGCUCACCGAUGAACGCAGCGUGGGAUAUCAGGGUUGAUGAUGCGAAGUGUGUAAAUAAAGCCGCUUAUUGGUUGGUGUAUGCCGUGUGUAAUACUUUGAGCAGUUGCGCAGUUCUGGGGCUGGGAUUCUUUGUGAGUUUAAAGAGUGGUUUGUUUGGGAGGAGUGUGGGGAUCAAGUUCAGGUGGUGUUUAGGAUUUGUGGCUGCCGUUGGAUGUUUUUCAUGUGUCGUCAGUAUUGUUCGUCUGGCCCUCAUGGUUCCGUACAUGCACAGCGAAAAUUUUACGAGGUUCAAAGUCUACGUCGCACGCUGGUGCGAAAUCGAACUCAACAGCGCGAUUAUCUUCUCCUCCCUCUUUGCUCUUCAACCCUUAUUCACAAAACUCCUACCAACACUCUUCCAGCCACCCUCUUUCACACACUGCCGUAGCCGCAAAAUGUCCUUGUCGACAUCCCAACCAUCCAUCCCCUUGAGCCGAGUCUCAUCGCGGCGAAAUGUCUCGUUAGAAGAGAGUGGAAGCGGGUUGACAGGAAAUGAUGGCAUUGAUAGUGGCGACGUGAGCAGUUCUGGUGUGGGUGCGAUUAUAGGCGAGAGGAGAGUCCUUGGAGGUAGUUUUGGGAAGAAGAAUGCGGUGAUCAAGACAGUGGUUUAUGAUGUGAAGUAUGAGCCAUGA